GAAAAACUUCCUGGCCAAUGAUUGGCCCUCUAGGUAUCAUCGCUGGGCGCCUGAUUGGCCGCAGCCCACCGACUUGCGGCAGGUGAUGGGUCUCACGCGGGACGGAUUUGCAUCUACCGGGGCGGACUGAGAACCCUCCGGGCAUCGGGCCAAGACGCCGAUCACGUCAACGCUUGUUCCUGUGUCGUUUCCUUUUUGAAACCAAUUUCCCCGAGAGCGUCGGUCUAGUUCGCUGUCGCCGCCGUUUCGCUUUUCUUGGGAUAUCUCGCUCCGGAGUUGCUGUGCGGGGGAACGGCUUUCUUAUCUCUCCGUCAUCUACACCCGCGCUACGUCCAGGGUAGCCGAUAAGUCGGAGACACCACCUCAAGCGACUGACAAAUCAACCGGCCAUGAAGUCCUCCCUGAUUACUAGGGCCUUGCAGCUCUUGCUCGUGUCUACAACCCAUCAUGGCUUAUCAACAGCAAAGGAUGUGAUAGAUCAGUGGCUCUUCAACCCCGAGACAAAUACAAGAGCCGCAGUUGCCAGCGAAGCAUACGAGUGUACUCAUGUCGGGAGGGGCCUGCUCGCCAAGGGCGGUAACGCCAUUGAUGCCAUUGUUGGGAUGGCCUUCUGCGUGGGUGUUAUGGCGCCGUACCACGCCGGCAUUGGCGGUGGCGGCUUCAUGCUCGUCCGCGAUAAGAAUGGCGAAUAUGAGGCCAUCGACUUUCGGGAAACUGCGCCGGCCAAAGCCUCCGAGAACAUGUAUAAAGAGCACCCCGAGAAGAGCGUCUACGGCGGAUUGUCCGUUGCCGUUCCUGGUGAGGUUGCUGGUCUGUGGUACGCCCACAAGAAAUAUGGUAGACUUCCCUGGUUGGUUGUGAUGGAAGGUGCCAUCUGGAAAGCGAAGGUCGGAUUCCCGCUCAACUCUGAUUUCAUCUCGUACAUCGGCAAAGCCCUCAAAGGAAAAGACAAGAACUUCUUAACGCAAGAUCCCUCAUGGGCCAAGGACUUUGCCCACAACGGAGAACUGAAGAAGGAGGGAGAUUGGGUCAAGAGGACACGAUACGCGAACACCCUCAUUCAGAUUGCCCGGAAAGGCCCCGGAGAGUUGUACAACGGACCCACGGGCAAGCACUUGAUCAAUACCAUUAAAGCCCGGGGUGGCAUCAUGGAGCUUUCCGACCUGAAAAACUACACGAUUGAGACCCGCGAAAUCCUCAACACAACCCAUCGAGGCUACAAGGUCUUCACCUUCGGCUCGCCCGCCAGCGGCGCCGUGUCGCUGAACAUACUCAACACACUGGAGGGCUACGGCGCACCCAAGAAAGAGAGCGCCCAGGACUGGCACCGCUUCGUCGAGGCCAGCAAGUUUGCCUACGGAUCCCGCGGCAACCUCGGCGACCCGGCCUUCAGCCCCAACGUCUCGUCGUUUGAGAAGCUGAUGCUGGACAAGGACUACGCCCUGAAGAUCCGCCGCAAGAUUCACAACAAGCCGCAAAAUCUUACCAUGUAUGACCCUUGGCGUAUCUACGCUGCUGAAAACCACGGCACUUCGCACAUGGUUGCGGCGGAUAACCAGGGCUAUGCCGUGUCGCUUACGACGACGGUCAACUUGCUGUUCGGGUCGCUGAUAAUGUGUGACAAGACUGGAAUCGUACUUAACAACGAGAUGAACGACUUCUCUAUCCCCGGCGUCCCCAACGAGUUCGGCUUCCAGCCGUCCCCGUAUAACUACAUCCGCCCGGGAAAGCGCCCGCUCUCAUCCAUUACGCCCGUCAUUGUCGAGCGCGAGGACGGAAGGUUUUUCGCCGCUGUGGGCGCUGCCGGUGGCUCGCGCAUCAUCUCUUCCACGACGCAGGUCCUCUGGCGCAUCUUGUCGAGCGCCAUCGGCAUCAAGGAAGCCGUCGCUGAGCCGCGCCUGCACGACCAACUCAUGCCCAACACUGUCCUCACCGAGCAACACUUCUCGGAGCCCGUCACCGUAGACCUUCGCAAGCGCGGGCAUAACAUUACCUACGUUGAACCAGGGUUGAGCAUUGUCGAGGGCGUUAUGCAGGAUCCAAAGGGGAGGUUUGAGGCGGGUUCUGAUCCGCGACAGAAGAACCAUUGUGGAGAGCGGUUGUAAAGGGGCCAUAGACGUAUCUAUAGACC